UGCACUGCUAGAAAUGAUGCGGUUCUUGAUGUCUGACUGCUGAUAUUUCAAAUAUACGAUUGGUCUUAAUAGGGUGUUUCUAUACGCCACUGAGUCAGGCUUUGUGUCGAUACAUCCUUCACUGAGGUGUUCAAUCACAGUUUGUUCGCUCACUGUAAUCACAGGACAGUAGAAAAACUACAAGAGCGUCGUAGGAAAAUGACGUAAUUAUGGUCAGCUGACUUCGACAACCACUUUUCUCUGCAAACACUUUUUAUGCGAUACUUAACAUGUUCCAAAAUAGUUGGGUUUUUUGUCUCUUUUCACAGACUUAGUCGAAAGUUUGCCUUGGACAACUGAACUUUUGAAAUGCUGAUUUUCGUCAGUUAUAAUCGGGGUUUUACUUGCGCAAAUUCAUUAAGUUGCCAAGCUCCUUUGCAGAAAUGUUGACGAGAGCAUUGCUUACCUUUGCGUUCAUUGUUUUUUUCAAAGACGUUUUUUGCGAUUCUUUUGUCAUCAGUGUUGACCUUGAUAAACCGGUAGGACCUUUGAAACACUUCUGGAGAAGCACCGGUUUCUGUCCUCCUCUCCCUCACACGAAGGCGCACCAUUUUGACCUGAGCAUUGAUCAGCAACAGAACCUUGCCUACGUGGGCUCGGUCCCACAUGGAGGGAUCCAGCAGGUCCGAAUACACUGGAUGAUGGAGCUGGUCACUGCCCAAGAUUUUGGAGGACAACCCCAGUACAAUUUUACAAAGUUGGACCAGCUACUGAAUCUCUUAUGGAUUAAUGGACUCCGGCCAGGUUUUGAACUGAUGGGAAGCGUCUCAAACUACUUCACGGACUUUGAAAACAAAUCUCAAGUGUUCAAGUGGAGGAAUCUUGUUUAUUUCACAGCCAAGAGGUACAUUGAAAAAUAUGGUCUUGGAAGUGUUUCUCAGUGGAACUUUGAAACAUGGAACGAGCCCAACAACCAUGACUUUGAUAAUGUCAGCAUGUCUAUUCAAGGGUUUCUAAAUUAUUACGAUGCCUGUUCGGAGGGUCUGCGGGCCGCCAGCGACUUGCUUAGGUUUGGGGGACCGGGAGAUUCGUGUCACUCGCCGCCACACUCGCCUUACUGCUGGGCCAUGCUUCAACACUGCUACAAUGGCACCAACUACUUCACUGGAGAGACGGGCAUCCGGCUGGACUACAUCGCCCUGCACAAGAAGGGAGGAGGCUCCUCUUUGCCUAUCCUCCAGCAGGAGAUGCAGACCAUGGGAGAGAUCCAGGAGCGUUUCCCUCGGUUCCGCAGUCGGCCUGUGUACAAUGAUGAGGCCGAUCCGCUGGUGGGCUGGUCCCGGCCUCAAGAGUGGAGAGCGGAUGUCACCUAUGCCGCCAUGGCCGUCAAGGUGAUCAGCCAGCAUCAGGAUGUGCUGUCUGCAAACACAAGCAUCAACUAUACCCUGCUGAGCAACGAUAACGCCUUCCUCAGCUACCAUCCUCACCCCUUCACUCAGCGCACUCUGACCGCUCGCUUCCAGGUCAACAACACGCAGCCUCCUCAUGUGCAGCUCAUCAGGAAACCCAUCCUCACUGUCAUGGGCCUUCUGACUCUGCUCGGUGAGACGCAGGUCCUGGCACAAGUUUUGAACUCCUCUGGAGCCGACGAUGCUCACAAUGGACGUGUGGGAGUUCUCGCAAGUAGUCACCAGCCCGAAAUCCCCAGAGGGCCAGACAGCUGGCAGGCCGCCUUGCUGGUCUACAGCAGUGACGACAACCGCACGUCCACCAGCACGAAUGUUGUCACCGUGUCCCUGAAAGGACUGGAGCCGCACGCAGGUCUUGUCUAUGUCACGUAUCUGAUGGACAAUAACGUGAGUAACCCCUAUCAAGAAUGGCAGAACAUGGGAAGCCCCGUCUACCCCACAACAGACCAGUUCACAAAGCUCAGGAAUGUCCAGGACCCUCUUGUUGAUGGACCGCAACCGGUGCCUGCAGGUGACACUCUGACUUUGAAAGCAAGCCUGCAUAUUCCCUCUGUGCUGCUGAUACAUGUAUGUGCCCGACCCAAAACUGCUCCAAACCAGGUCAAUGGUUUGCGUUUUAUCAGGAUCACCAAAGGCCAAGUCCUCGUUAUCUGGUCUGAUGGCUGUGUUAGUUCCAAAUGCAUUCACACCUUUGAAGUUGAGCUCUCUGUAAAUCAGAAGGACUUCAGCAGGAUUAAUAGCCGCAACACCAUUUUUACAUCAUUCGUUUACUCACCCGCGGACCAGCAGGUGAGCGGCUGGUACAGAGUGCGAGCGGUGGACUACUGGGCCAGGCCUGGGAUGUACUCACUACCUGAGAAGUAUUCAGAGGAGCUUUAGAUGUCUCUCUCUCUUUCUCUCUCUCUGUCUCUCUCUUAGAAGACAUUCAUUUCAUCUGUUUACUUUAGCCCAUCCGUGCAGUAAUUUACAGACCUUGUUUGAAAUAUUAAUGGUUAGUCUUUUGUGGUUUGCUGUCAUUGUCUUAUAUUUUAUUUUUUGGAUAAAAUCAUUUUCAAAACACAA